AAACAACUUUAUAAUAAAUCAAUGAUCGGUACCUGUUGCUUAAUCUUAAUUAUUAUCCUUCUCCCUCCUUUGGGAGUCUUUCUGAUGCAAGGAUGUGGUGGUGAUUUCUGGAUUAAUGUAUGCUUAACGUUAUUAGGAUAUAUUCCUGGUCAUCUGCACGCCUUUUAUGUGCUUAUUCGAGAAAGAGAUAAAGGAAACUUCCAACAAAUGGCUCCUCCACGUACACAAGCUGUUAACCAAGGACAAACUUAUGGCACUACAUACACUUAAAAUAAACCAAUCGUCGAGAUAUAACUUUAUAAUAAAUAAUAUUUAUGAAUACGAAUAUUGGCUUUUUUUUUUUUAAAAAAAAAAAAA